CCACCGCCGGGCCGCGAUCGCCGCCGCCGCCUCCGGAGCCCGCGUCCUUUCCUGGCGGGCGGGCGGUGCGCGCGGAGCCGCGCCGGGGGUCGGGCCGCGGGGCGCGGCGUCAUGGCCGGGCCCGAGCCGCCGCGGCCGCGCCUGUGCCGCCUGGUGCGCGGCGAGCAGGGCUACGGCUUCCACCUGCACGGCGAGAAGGGCCGCCGCGGGCAGUUCAUCCGGCGCGUGGAGCCCGGCUCCCCCGCAGAGGCGGCCGCGCUGCGCGCCGGGGACCGCCUGGUCGAGGUCAACGGGGUCAACGUGGAGGGCGAGACGCACCACCAGGUGGUGCAGAGGAUCAAGGCCGUGGAGGGGCAGACGCGGCUGCUGGUGGUGGACAAGGAGACGGACGAGGAGCUCCGCCGGCGGCAGCUCACCUGCACGGAGGAGAUGGCCCUGCGGGGGCUGCCAUCCGCCCACGACCCCUGGGAGCCGAAGCCGGACUGGGCACCCACGGGCAGCCUCGGCCCCGAGGUGGGCGGGAAGGAUGUCACCGGACCCCUGAGGGAGCAGCGCCCUCGCCUCUGCCACCUGCGGAAGGGCCCGCAGGGCUACGGCUUCAACCUGCACAGCGACAAGUCUCGGCCUGGCCAGUACAUCCGCUCUGUGGACCCGGGCUCGCCGGCUGCCCACUCUGGCCUCCGCCCUCAGGACCGACUCAUCGAGGUGAACGGGCAGAACGUGGAGGGGCUGCGGCACGCCGAGGUUGUUGCCCGCAUCAAGGCGCGGGAGGACGAGGCCAGGCUGCUCGUGGUUGACCCUGAGACAGAUGAGCACUUCAAGCGGCUGCAGGUCACACCCACCGAGGAGCACAUGCAAGGCCCACUGCCAUCCCCAGUCACCAACGGGACCAGCCCUGCCCAGCUCAAUGGAGGCUCGGCGUGCUCCUCCCGAAGCGACCUGCCUGGCUCGGACAAGGACGCGGAGGACGGCAGCACCUGGAAGCACGACCCCUUCCAGGAGAGUGGCCUCCACCUGAGCCCCACAGCGGCCGAGGCCAAGGAGAAGGCGCGGGCGACACGCGUCAACAAGCGGGCCCCGCAGAUGGACUGGAACCGCAAGCGUGAGAUCUUCAGCAACUUCUGAGCCCCUGCCGGUCCCUGGGCUCCCCCUCCCCGCUCGGACUCAGGCCCAAACCCCAGCUCCGUCCCUGCCUCCCCGGGCCUCAGUGGGCUGGAGUGGGGGGGAGCUUUGCACCCCAGAAGCCAUGGGGGCCCCAUGC